AUGUGGAAGCCGUCGGAGAGGCUGAUGGAAACCAUCAGGCACUAUGCCAGCUUCCCCGCUACUGGUGUCUCUCUCCGACAGAUGGUCCAGUUUGGAGAUAGACCAUCAACUGGUACCCUGUUUCGCGCCUCGCAAUUUCUCUCCGAAGAGCUCCCGAUCCGUCUAGCUCACCGUGUUCAAGACCUUGGAGAGCUUCCUGAUGGACUCUCUGAAAUGCCCUCGAUCAAAAAAGUCCAGGAUUGGUAUGCGCAGUCUUUCGAGGAAAUCAUCAAUCUCCCUCGACCCACUCUUACGCAAGAAGUCAAAGCUCGUCUCUUACGGCCCGGGCGGAUCAAUGGCAGCCACUCCAAAAUCCUCUCCGAAGCUACCCAGAACCCCAGUGUUAAAGAAGGACAGUACCGGUCUUCUCCCACGUCCGCAACAAAUGGUCACACCAAUGGCAGCAAGCAAGCCGCAGCCGCGGCUAGAAGAUACUUUGUUCCUUCAGAUGACCAUGGAAACUGGCCCCCUGAAUUGAAUGACUACAACGAACGCUUCGCCAAAACACUCCAACAGAUCAAACGACGACAUGACAGUGUUGUGACCACCGUGGCUCAGGGUAUUCUCGAAUGGAAGCGGAAACGCCAGCGUCUUCAAAUCGACCCGACCGUUCAGUCCUUCCUUGAUCGUUUCUACAUGUCCCGAAUUGGUAUACGAAUGUUAAUCGGCCAGCAUAUAGCCUUGACAGAGCAAACGCACGUACGCCAUCCACAUUAUGUCGGUAUCAUCUGCACCAAAACCAACGUCCGCGAAGUGGCUCUCGAAGCCAUCGAUAAUGCUCGGUUUGUUUGCGAAGAUUACUAUGGUCUUUUUGACGCGCCCAAGGUUCAGCUUGUCUGCAAAGAUGACUUGAACUUUAUGUACGUUCCGGGGCACCUUUCCCACAUGCUGUUUGAAACUCUGAAGAACUCCCUACGUGCUGUGGUGGAAACCCAUGGUGCCGACCAGGAAUCUUUCCCCGUCACCAAGGUCAUCAUUGCCGAAGGAAAGGAGGACAUUACGAUCAAAAUCUCCGACGAGGGUGGUGGCAUUCCCCGUUCCUCUAUCCCACUGGUCUGGACUUACAUGUACACCACCGUCGAACAAACACCCAAUCUGGACCCGGACUUUGACAAGAGUGAUUUCAAAGCACCUAUGGCUGGAUUUGGCUAUGGACUUCCAAUCAGUAGACUUUACGCUCGGUACUUUGGUGGUGAUCUCAAGAUGAUCAGUAUGGAAGGAUACGGUACUGAUGUCUAUCUUCACCUGAACCGACUGUCGUCGAGUUCGGAACCCCUGCAAUGA